GACAGCAGCAAGUGAAAGGCGUCCUCUUUCUGAAGAAGGGAGUCAUGGCCUUCUUGUUAGUCACCCGACGGCUGACCUUUAGCUCCCAGAGAAACCUCUGCCUCUUUGCAUCUGGAUCCAGAUACAUCAGUCAAGCUGCUGCCAAAGUUGACUUUGAAUUUGAUUAUGAUGGGCCACUGAUGAAGACAGAAGUCCCAGGGCCUAGAUCUCAGGAGUUAAUGAGACAGCUGAACACAAUCCAAAACGCAGAGGCCGUGCACUUUUUCUGCAACUAUGAAGAGAGCCGAGGUAAUUACCUAGUGGAUGUGGAUGGCAACCGCAUGCUGGACCUGUAUUCUCAGAUCUCCUCUGUCCCCAUCGGUUACAACCAUCCGGCUCUGACGAAGCUUGUCCAACAGCCUCAGAAUGCGAGCACGUUCAUCAACAGACCUGCCCUGGGCAUCCUGCCUCCAGAGAACUUUGUGGAUAAGCUCCGAGAGUCCCUUAUGUCGGUGGCACCCAAAGGCAUGUCCCAGCUCAUCACCAUGGCCUGUGGCUCCUGCUCCAAUGAGAACGCAUUCAAGACCAUCUUCAUGUGGUACCGGAGUAAGGAACGAGGUCAGAGAGGUUUCUCAAAAGAGGAGCUGGAGACCUGCAUGAUUAACCAGAGUCCUGGAUGCCCAGACUACAGCAUCCUUUCCUUCAUGGGUGCUUUCCACGGGAGGACCAUGGGUUGCUUAGCGACCACACACUCCAAAGCAAUUCACAAGAUUGACAUCCCUUCUUUUGACUGGCCCAUUGCUCCAUUCCCCCGGCUGAAAUAUCCCCUGGAGGAGUUCGUGAAGGACAACCAGCAAGAGGAGGCCCGCUGCCUGGAGGAGGUAGAGGAUCUGAUUGUGAAAUAUCGGAAAAAGAAGAGAACAGUGGCUGGAAUCAUCGUGGAACCCAUCCAGUCCGAGGGUGGAGACAACCAUGCAUCAGAUGACUUCUUUCGGAAGCUGAGAGACAUCGCCAGGAAGCAUGGCUGUGCCUUCUUAGUGGAUGAAGUUCAGACUGGAGGAGGCUGUACAGGCAAGUUCUGGGCCCACGAGCACUGGGGCUUGGAUGACCCAGCCGAUGUAAUGUCAUUCAGCAAGAAGAUGAUGACUGGGGGCUUCUUCCACAAGGAGGAGUUCCGGCCAAGCGCUCCUUACCGAAUCUUCAAUACCUGGCUGGGGGACCCAUCUAAGAACUUGCUGCUGGCUGAGGUCAUCAACAUCAUCAAGCGGGAGGACCUGCUCAACAAUGUGGCCCAUGCCGGGAAGACCCUCCUCACAGGGCUGCUGGACCUCCAGGCCCAGUAUCCCCAGUUCAUCAGCAGAGUGAGAGGACGAGGCACCUUUUGUUCCUUCGACACUCCAGAUGAAUCCAUACGGAAUAAACUCAUUCUAAUUGCCAGGAACAAAGGUGUGGUAUUGGGGGGCUGCGGUGAUAAAUCCAUUCGUUUCCGCCCUACACUGGUCUUCAGGGAUCACCACGCUCACCUGUUCCUCAAUAUUUUCAGUGGCAUCUUAGCAGACUUCAAGUAAAGAAGCCGUUUCCAUGAUAUUCAGAGAAAGCCCAGUCUCAGCGGUGUCAACUUGAUUAGUUUGCCUAAUUCAUAUUUCACUUAAACGUUUAUCAGAGGCGAAUGCAUAAACAGAAGGGUCAUUUGUGGGCCAGGCUCAUUGGUCAGUGGUUGUGGAGGACUGGGUGGGGAGGACCUGGGUUUGGUCUCCUCCCUGCAAAACUCAUGGUGCCCAUCGGUUAAAGGCCAGUUCUGUGUAAGCCUUGGACACUGUCUUAGGAAAGGCUAUAUUUCUGCCAACCCUGGACCAAGCCGUUUCUUAGAAGCAACUCAAAGGGUAUUACACCUGCUCUGAGGUGGGUGGGUGGGAUCCUUGUGUCUCUGUCCAUCUCAAGUACCCUGUCUGGGGAUCAGAGAUGCUGGCAUCCUAUUGUCCUUCACAAACAAACUCUCGUCACUUCUUACCAAAUCCCCAGCUACACAUCCCACUUGUGACUUACUUGGAGUCCAGAUGGCUGAGAGGAAGAUGACAAAGUGUGGAGACACAGACUGUGUUUGGGGGAAUGGAGGGGCUUCUGAUAUCCUAAACACCAAGAUCCCCUCAGCCCUGUGCCCUUGGUGAUGUCCCUGGCUUGUGAAUUCUGUCCUUGACUGACCUAUGCUCCUAGAGGAUCUGAGUGUUACCAGUGGUAGUUCUUAGUCAACAUUCUCCACCCAGUGUCUGUCUUGAUUCAAGGGAAGGAAACUAUAUCCAGAGCAUCCAGGGGUCAUGUGGAACCUGAAGUUGCCUCUGGAGCCUACACUGAGGAGCAUGGGCAGCAGAGCCCCUGAUUCCACCUCCAGGGCCUCUGACUUGUGACCCUUCAUCCUGGGAACUUCAUAGUCCAACUUUCACUCAUCCACUCAUUCCCUCCACUCCUGAGCACAGCUAUUCCAUCCCAGAGGGCCAACGCUAGACUUCCUGUUAAGUGCAAUGUCUUAAUUAUAAAGGCAUACGGACACCACAUGUGAAAAGCAGCUUGCUGGUUCAUGAUGGUUUUCUUGGACUUGCCUGGCCCCACAGAGCCUGGGCUUUCCUGAGUAUGGAUCGUGCCCAGAGGCCAGCAGUUAGUGCUUAUGCCGGUGAGAUGUUCUUAGAACUGGCUUGACCUGAGAGGUUCCUAAGUAGAGCACCCCCCACCAACACACACACACACACACACACACCCUUCAGAGAGGCAGUGUUUAACAUGUAGAGUGCAGGGGGCUGGUUUGUUACAGAAGCCUCUUUCCAUCCUGGUGCCCUCAUUAACUGUCUGGGAGGUGGGUAUACCAGGGUUCCCAAUUGAGCCCUUUGCUCUUUUAAUAAUGAAUCAUCCAAAGAUCUAGCUUUCAUGCUUCCUUAGUCAUGGCCAUCAACUUACUUGCCUUGAAAAUAAAAGGCACUGGCUGACAUGGUUAACAGAAACAGCAAAUCGAUGAAUACCAGUCAUGUCAUAGCCCCACAGUCUGAAAUUCAACCACUUCUUCAUAGCCGUGUUUAAGGUCAUUUCAGUAACCAUGUAAGUAAUGGGGUCUGCCUCCCUGCCUCCAUGUAAGCUUUCAUUCACCUGUAUGUUUAUUUCCAUAUCAAUCAUUUAUUCACUCACUCAUCACACUUUCAUGAGAUUUUGUAUUGUUCCAGAUCCUGUGCUAAGCACCAGGAACACGAAGUUCCACAGAUAAAGUCCCUGCUCCCAGGGACUCCCAUUCUCUUGGGAACCACAGACCCUUAAUGUUAAAGUCAGAAUGGGAAGUGCACCAGCAAGGGUUUCUGAACAUUAGUAAGUCCAAGGAGCCUUCAAGGGGAAAGGAUGCCUGAGCAGAAUUCUCCAGAAUGAAUGAAGUUAGUCAAGCAGAAAAGGAAAGGAAGAGUGAAGAAGGGGGAAGGCGGAGACAUCUUUGUUCAUUCCUCAGCCCUUUCCCUGGGGUGCUGGACCCCACACAGGUUCAAGGUCUUAACAAACUUGGAACACGCAGGCCAAACCCUAACUCAUCAUAUUGGUUUAAGCAUGCUGCCUCCUAAGAACCCAGCAUCAUGUGUGGACGACACUCGGGCAGGUCCUUGGAGUUCAAAGGGUUUUAAGCCAGGACACAAGCAGGAAUCGCUCUCUUUAGUGGAGGGAGCAGCUGAUGCUUCAUUUUCCUGCCACAGGGCAUGUAGACAGAAGGAUGAAAUUGUUUCUAGAAAGCCAUCUCCAGAUGUAUUGUCCACUCCUUGCCUGGGGACAGCUCCUCUCAUUUUAGACAAACAAAAUUUAAGCCGUUUAUCCACAUGUUCUUAACCGGGGCACGGUGUGUUUCUGAGAUGGCCUCUUUGGAAGUAUGGGAGCUAACGGGAAGAAUUCCAAGGAAAAGGAUUUUCCAUAAAACUCAAGAUUGUGGGCAGAACCCACAAGCAAGCAUGUCUGUGCAGUCUGGAUGAACACCCAUCAUGCAUUAGUGCAGUAGACUUUAGUAAACGUCUCUAGCCAGUCUUGUCAGUUUUGCAGAAAACAAGGCCCAGUACUAUCAAGUCUUAGCAUAUCCUUCCUUUUUAUUAUAAAUGGGUGGUUUUUUAUGAUUGUUACUGAUGCUCAGUAACCAUGCAAAAGUGUGCACAUUAAAGUACUAAUAGCUCUGUACCUAUACGUACAUGUAUCAGCUCGCUGUGGGAAACCACAGCAGCAUCUCGGACUCAUGCAAACCAAGUGAUCUUGUUUACAGUGAUUGUCAACAGUGCCAACAAGUGAUGAGGAGACUAACAUGUCACAGUGUAACUGGUCACCAUGUGCACAGUUCCAUGAAUUAAAUGUUUCCUGUGUUAAUCAGUAUUCUUAAAUUAAAAGAAAAUGUUUAUAAUGGAAA